AGGCCCGGGCGCAAGAUGGCGGCGGUGUUUGCUGGCGGCUCCCAGCGGGUGGUGCGGGAGGCGGUGCGGCGCUCGGCGGUUCGCUCGCCAGCCUCGGGCUGCUGGGGCUGCGCGCCUGGAGGGAAGCGGUAUCUGCUAACAGAAGAUGAUAUAAAGUUACAAGAAUUUCAGCAGAUGAAAGUGGCAAUUAGAAAUGAAGUUCAUGGCAAUAAAGAUCCAUAUUUUGAAAGUAUUAAAGAAAAAUUAAAGAAAAAUGGAAUGAUUCUCAAAAACGAAUUAAAAAAUUUACUGCACUUAUGUCAGACUUCAUCUGAUGUGGAACUAGCAAGAAAAGUUAUUUACAGGUACCAUGAACAGAAUGGAAUCACAGCCUUGCAUAAUUUUAAAUUUGGGCCCCUCUUUAUGAGGCUAUGUUAUGAGCUGGACCUUGAAAGACCUGCAGUAGAACUUAUCAAAGAUCAGAUUUGUCAUGUUACUCUGUUCUUCAAACUGCUUCGGAACCCUGUAGAGGUGAAUUUGCGUGGUUUUUUCUCAGAGAGUACAUCAUUCCAUAUUUUGAUGACUAUGUUGUUUAAAAAGGGCCAUUUUGAAAGUGCUUUGGAAGUUCUGGAAGAAAUGAAAAAACAAGGUAUACCUUUCAACAAAGAAACCUAUCUACUCGCGUUUGCAAUAUGCUACAAACUGGACAACCUGGAGUCUUGGAAAAUCUCUGCGAAACUACUUGAAGAAGCACAGCUGAAAGGUGACACAUUACCACUGCGAGCGUUCUGCUUUGCUGUGGCAACUGCUCUGAAGCAGAAUGAUGUAGCGCAAGCCAAAUUUUAUUGUUCCCAGAUAAUGAAAACAGAGAACAAACUAUACAAUAAUCUUAAAGUUCUUGUUCAACUCAGAUCUGGUUUGCUAGAAGAAGUAAUAAAGACGUUAGAGGCAGCAAUGGAAGUAGAUACUCCUCCCUUUGUGAAAAAAAUCGAGUUUUCUGAGCAGGUGCUGGCUACAGUCAGGGAGAAGAUGGAAGAAACCCCUGAUCUUUCUGCCAAAUUAGGAGAUGUUUAUAUGAAACUACAGGCUUCAGGACGGAUAACCAUGUGCACACUGGAAGACAUGCUUUUCCAGAUCCCUAGUUCAAAGAAGACCCCUGCAAAGCUUUUACAUCAGAAGCAAUUGGGCUAUCAGGCUGCUAAACCGCUUCGAUCAAAUCUGUUGUUGGAAUAGUUCAAUAUUUGAUGGCAAAUUGAACUGCUGUUAGCAUCUCUUAGAAGACAGGUUCAAAUAAAAUGUCUUCUCCCCUCAUCCACAAUAAACAAUUAAGUUGUUUGUGUGAAACUGCAUUUUAAAUAGAGAUCAUGUAGCUUCUGCAUUUCAAUUUUGAUGCUAAAAACAAGCCAUAACAGUGGGUACUUGUGUUUUGUUCAGAAAUGGAGUGAUGGAAUAAUUUGAAGUUUCUCCUCAGGCACUUGAAUCAGGAAUUUCCUGUGCUGAAUGUCCUGAUGGAAGUGAACAAAAUAGUAUGCGUAUCUGACCUGACUUCUGUGGUUCCCGAGAAGAAAAUUCAGUCUGCAUCAGAUGUAAUGUUCUGACUGAAAGGAUAGAUGCCAUCCAGAGUCUAGAUAGAGUAUGGAAGUGCUUUAACUGUUUAUUCAAAUUCUGUACAUCUCAAGAGAAUCAGAGGAAAGCAAGCAUCUUUUGUUCUCUUUAAUUUUUUUUCUUCAGAAACAAUAUAUUAGUAUGUUUUUUCAUACCAAAUGAAAAUGCAAUGGGAGGUAGCACGGUAACCAGCUGGUGGUUUUCUCACAUGAAGGAGAUGUUGCUGAACAAAAGACAAAGUCGCAGAGUCAGUGGCCUCACAUAUUGCUUCCUUCAAAUUUUCUGAUAUUAAUCCUGCCAGGAUAAGUGGAUUGUUAUACAAAUUUGCAACUAAGCCCUAACAAGUUUCUUAGAGCAACUAUGAUCACUUUUUUAGAUGAGAAUUACGUAUCAUCUACAUAAUUCACUCUUACAUAGAACAAGUGAUCAUAGAAACAGUACAAGGAAGCUUCACAUUGACCCAGCUUUAAUGACCCCAGGCCAAAUGUGCUUGGUUCUAGUAAUGAAAAGCUGUUUGUAACUAUGAGUCCUAUAUACCCAAAAAUCUUUUCUCACUCUCCUCAAUAGAAGGAACUGGAAACAGCUAUACCUUGGCUGGCACUUGGAUACUUUUGGUAUACUUCUGCAUGUGAAGUGAUGGGCCUGUUUGUUAGUACAGAAGUUGGCAGUCCUGUGAUCACAAGACUGGUGGAGCACGCUCGGUACUCUCCAGAUUAGGCCAGUUUUGGCUUCUGGUCUUUUUAUUUUGCCUCUCACCUGCUCCAGCAAAUGUCAGAACUCAAAGGAUUGUUUCUGUGAAUGAAUCCGUGCAUGGGGUAUGAAACUGUUGAAGCAAUUGAGUCACAGUGAAGAAACAAGAACCCAUCCAUGCAGAAAACACAUCUUUAGCCAUCAAAACAAAUGUGGCUACAGCACGUCAGAGGUUUCCUUCUGAGGGUCUAACACUGUAACUCAUUUCUGUCACCAAUGUGUCUUGUUAAUACUGAAAUGCACAAAACUGUUACAUGGUGGAUGGAGUUUCAUACAAGUAUAAGUGAAGAAUAAUUUGAAGUUUUUAUCACAUUUUUGUGAAGUCUGUGCACACUUUUGAGUGGUUGCAUAGGUUAAAGUAUUACAUAUGUUAGUCUAAGAACACAGCUAAUGGUUCUGUAAUAUUGUAUAGCACAUAAUGUCACACAUAAUUUAGGAGUACUGUUUUCUCUCAGUUGAAAAUUCUUUUACAUUUCCAAUACAAUAUGGACCCUUAAGUAGCUCCCAAUCUUUUCUCCACAAAUAAAUUUGAUACAGGAUUCGUAAAGGCUGCUUGCAGCGUGGCAAGGAUUAGUUUCAUAAAAAUGAAAGGAGUGAACUACUCUUCCAAUUCACUCAGUUAGUACUAUCAGAAUAACUGAUGUAAAACUACAUUUUUUAUUACAGGCAAUAGAAGAUAGACCCAUUUAGCCUAUUGCAUAGCAAAUGUAUGAGGUCAAUUCUGUUUAAUUUUCUUAUUUGGCACUUUCAAACUUGUAUUAAUUGCAAGAAGUUGGUUCAUCCUGGGACUGAGAUGUGCAUGUUUGUUUGUUUGAAUUGUUUAGGUUCCUGACUGAGGCUGUAUCCUACCUGCACCUGAAGUAAUAACAACUUCUGUUACAAUUGUCACUAUAGCUAAUGUUUUCCAUUUUUUGUUUUCUUGACUAAUUGUUUUCUUGAGGCCAAUUUACUCGAGCAAACUCUAAAUUUGAUAAUUUGUUUUAAAGAGACAUCAUUUCUUUGUCUUGAGAGAGAAAAGGCAUGUCCUUAAAUAAGUAACAAUAAUUCAGUAGAAAAAGCAGGGACUCACGGAGGGUUAAAGGGUAGGUUCAAAGAAACAUACACAAAAUUCAGACAAUUAAAUAUUAGAAUAUUGAAGGUUGUUUUGGAAGUGUUGUAGAAGACUGGUAACAUCCUCCCUUAGGAAAAAAGGUAGGAGAAGAGAGAAACUUCUAAUAAUUAUGCAGCUGAUUUCAAACAAAGUCUAAUUUAUUUCUUAGAAGUUGGGCAGAG